CAACAGCAGCCUGCAGCAUCUGGUCGCAGCGGACGGGUCGUCUGCUCUUCACAUGUUGCUGCUCUUCAUCUGCUCUGGAGAUAAAACACCGUCUAAUGAAAGCACUGUGCUGUGGUGGGGGGGGAUCAUCCAUCCGGUACCGGUCGGCUCUGUCUGCAGGAGAUAGGGAAUGAACGAGGAGACAGCAUCGGACAGCUGGAAGAGAAACUCCGGGUGCUCCAGUAUUGAGCAAAUGCUGGCUGUGAGUCCCGGAAAGACGCCCAUCAGUCUGCUGCAGGAAUAUGGAACGCGGAUAGGCAAGACCCCAGUGUAUGACCUGCUGAAGGCCGAGGGACAGGCCCACCAGCCCAACUUCACGUUCCGCGUCUCCGUCGGAGAGAUCAGCUGCACCGGCCAAGGGCCCAGCAAGAAGGCAGCUAAGCACAAAGCAGCAGAGGCUGCUCUGAAGAUGCUCAAGGGAGGUCUCGGAGGUCCCGUCGGAGUUGGUGUUGGAGUAGACGGAUUUAUCGGGGUUGACGUGUCUACGGAUGGAGACAGCCCCCAGUUAGAGAUGAAGACCUCAGGCAGUUCUCAGCAGUCUGAAUGUAACCCUGUGGGAGCCCUGCAGGAAUUGGUGGUGCAGAAAGGAUGGCGUUUGCCAGAGUACACAGUCACCCAGGAGUCUGGUCCAGCACACCGCAAGGAGUUCACCAUGACAUGCCGAGUCGAAAGAUUUGUGGAAAUAGUCUCCUGUGUCUCUCCAGGAAGUGGAACCUCCAAGAAACUAGCCAAGAGAAACGCAGCAGCUAAGAUGUUAUCGCGCAUUCACGACGUCCCGGUCGACCUGAGGACCAGCAACGACGUUGACGUGGAAGAAGACACGUUUAACAUGCACAUGGGAAGCAGAGCUGAGACGGGCAAAAGCAAAGGAUUCAGUUGCACGUGGGAUUCUCUGCGUAACUCUGCUGGAGAGAAGAUCCUCCAGCUCCGCAGCCACCCUCUGGGCAUGCCCACCGACUCCAACUUCUGCUCUUUGUUGAACGACUUGUCUGUGGAGCAGCGCUUUGAUGUCAGUUACCUGGAUCUAGAGGAGCGCAGUCUGAGCGGCCUGUGCCAGUGUCUCGUGGAGCUGUCCACCCAGCCAAUCACGGUGUGCCACGGCUUCGCUCCGAGCAUAGAUGCCGCUCGAGCCAACGCAGCCCACAAUGCACUGCAGUACCUCAAAAUCAUGGCUGGGGGGAAGUGAUGUCAUCUUCCUCCUCACAGACUCAAACUCACCACCACACGAUGCCGGUAUGAAUUUCCUCAUUGGACGACGGAUGUGAUGAGUUCAAAUAACGUGAAUUACCUCAAAUGUGGAAAUGGAGACUUUUUUCAAAAUUAAGCCCCGGAGCCUUUUUUUUUUUUUUUUUUUUUUGUCACAUGGAUUUCUUAUCGUUGCCAAUGAAGAUUUAGUUGCCCAAAAACUCACAUGCACCCCUCUCCUGGACAUUUUGCAUAUUCGUCACAAAUUAUUUCAAAAUGCAUUUCCAGUUUUCGUUUGCUCGGCAUCCAUACGCAGCGCUGCAUUUUCCUAAAACUCUAAAGUUUAAAAAGAAAAAAAUGAAAUAAAUCUGAAAUCCUAAACGGUGCUCUUGCAGUGAGUUCCCGAAUAACCGCAGACAAAUUGUGACGUAACAAAAAGUGCAAAGGAGUUUGUAGAAAUUGGACUGUGGAAUCGACAAUUAUUGGUGCUUCGAUUAAUCCCCGAUCAUCGAUGGAUGUACGGAAGAAAGAAAUUCCAGCCAUGUGCCGAAACAUGGAGAGAAAAGGACUCUGCCCGAAUAGAAAUCAGAAGAUAAUUAUUUCAAAGACUGCCCUGUUUUCAGAUGAACUUGUAUGAGAAAAUGUGUCUUUUGUUGUAUAUUCAUUUGAACCCCUAAAACACUGUUUGUCUCUGUGAUGCUGUUAAUGAUGGGCCUUAAAGAUUUGAAUUUUGAAAACUCGCCAUAUUAUCUUUGUUUAACAUUAUGAACUCAUUAGGUUUAAGAUUUUAGAAAACUUUCUAAUCAUAUUACUCUUCGGCAUUCCCAAAGUAGAAAUGGUGAAAAUUAUCAGUAGACUCGGAUGACUGAAAAUUAUUGAUUGAUGAAUUGUACUUAAUGUUUUUAAUUUUGUCCCUUUAUAGACUUCCUUGCAAGUGUUGUUGAUGGCUUUCAGAGCAGUAAUAAUAGAGAAAGUACUCAUACUGAGUGUCUUUAAUUGUGAGGAAUAGGGCUGUCCCGAAUACCAGUUUUUGGGCUCCGAAGCUUCGGUGAGAAAUAUUCAAAGGUUUUCGAAGCUUCACUGCGCGGUGCAGUAGAUUGAUUUGUUCUUCCGUCUGUUUCCAUCUCUCGCGGGACAUUGCUGCUGCUGCACUACUGUACACACACCUCACACACUACAAACAGCAAUAUCUGUUAAUAAUAAUGUUGAAUAUUGAAUAAUGUUGUGGGAGUAUUCCUUAUUUCAUGAGCUAUUUGGGGAUUUCUACAUUAUCAUUAAAUUCUUAUCUGUAAAAAAAGUGAAUAAUAAAAAAAACCUGAAGCAUUUGAAUACUGAUUUGGAGGUCGAUUACCACGGCAGCGGUCGACGCAUUGAAGCCUUGAAGCAUUCGGGUCAGCCUUAGUGAGGAUAAUUUAAAAAUGACUACAACAUUACAAUUAAAUUUAAAAUCUACUAAAUGGUCCCAGUUACUCCUGAGUGUGUAAACAACAUUAUAAAGUGUAAUUAUCACAGCUUUAAAAUGUGUCAGUUUAUCUAAGACUCUUCUUUAGGCGGACUGUCUUUGCAUGAGGAGUAAAUCCAUUUCAGUGUAAGACAAAGCUGAGUUAACAAUUAGGAUACAAAGUACUGUGAUUCUUCUGAUGAAGCAUUGUUCUUGUUACUUUUGACUUUCAACAUCAUAAACCAGACAAAACCAACCUAGCACAUAAGUUUUAAGGUGCUCAUUGUGCCCGUUUCAUUUAUAAACCCCUGUGAUUUUUUUUUUCUGUCGAUGUGAUAAUGAUUCCUGUGAUAUUUGGAAAUUGAUGAUGGUGAUUUUCCAGAUUAUUUUCUUGCUGGGUCUUGGUGCUAUUACCACCCACCUUUGCUGUAUUUGUGUAUCGGUUGAUAUACUGCCUUGCACUCAGCUGGAAUAAGUAUUGAACAUAGUGAACAGUUUGCACUACUUGAACACAUGAAGUCCUUUGCACAAUGCAGGCUGACCACGUUUCUGUACCUCCCACUGGUGUGUUUGAUGUUAACCUCAUCCUCUGAAAAGGCAGAUAUGCAUCUUGUUUUUCUGAUAAUUCAAAAUAAGGAACUUGUGCCGUUUUGUUUGUGAGUUUUAGUUGCUGACACCAUUGACGUCCAUGCUGACGUUAAUACAUUCGAGAUAGACUUCUUUGUUGUGAUAGUAGAAAAGUUUUGCCCAGUUUUAGAGAAACGAUGAACUAAAAUAUGAGCUCCAUGUGAAAUUGACUUUGUUUCCAAUAAAACAUUUUUGUACAUUUUACUGCCAA